AAAAAAAAAAAAAAAAAAAAAAAAAAGAUCCCAACGCAUCGGAUAGGGGACAGAGGAAGGUGAUGGUGGCUGACAAGUGCAACACGAUUCAGUGGUGGGGAUCCGGCCUCUGCUUCCAGAUUGCCCUGAUGGCAGCUCUCGGCGUGCUAGCGAAGAUCCGCGUCCCGUACGCGCACACGUCUCUUGAAAUCAUCAAGAUGCGGUACGGCAAGAUCGGCCACGUGGUCUUCAUCGUGCUAAACCUCUCUAACAACGUAUUCGGGUGCGCGUCUAUGAUCCUCACCGGCUCGCAGCUCAUCUACGGCAUUUCUGGCAUGCAUUUCGUAGCUGCCACGGUUCUGAUUCCCAUUGGCGGUAAGCUAUCUCUGACAUCGAGAAACCUGACCGCUUGUUUUGGUUUUUUGGUUUUUUUUGAAGAUGGAAGAAGCUGACUAGCAACUGGGCAGUGGUGCUGUACACGGCGGUGGGAGGCUUGAAGGCGACCUUCCUCACAGACUACCUCCACACGACGAUCGCCCUCGUGCUGAUCAUGUACUUCACCCUGAGCAUCCUCACGCACGAGGCCGUCGGCGGGCUCGGGGGCCUCUACGACAAGGUCGUGGCGACGGCGAGCGAGAACUACAUCGAGGGCAACUUCGAAGGGUCCCUGCUCACCAUGAAGUCGAAAGAGGCCAUCAUCUGGGGGCUGAUCCUGAAAUUCGGCAACCUGGCGCUCGUCGUCAUGGACACGGCCUUCUGGCAGAAGUCGUUCGCCAGCGAGGUGUCCGCCACCGUGCCGGGCUACAACCUCGCGGCGGUCGCCAUCUUCGGCAUCCCGUGGGGGCUGGGCACCGUCAUCGGGCUGGUGGCGCGGGCCAUCCACAACACGCCCAUCUUCCCGACGUACCCGGGCCCCUUUUCGUCCGCCGAGGUCAACGCCGGUCUCGUGAUGCCGUAUACGGUGAAAGCGCUGAUCGGCGACCACGGAAUCGUGGCGUUCUUCGUGCUGCUGUUCAUGGCGCUGACCAGCACCAUCAGCUCGAGCAUGAUCGCCGUGAGCUCCAUCCUGUCGUUCGACGUGUACAAGACCUACAUCAACACCAAAGCGAACGAUAAGCUGCUCCUGAAGGCCAGCCACAUCGCGGUGGUAGCCCACGCCGUCUUCAUCACGGGCGUUUCCAUCGCGCUCAACUACGGCGGCGCGGACAUGACGUGGAUAGGGUACUUCCGCCCCGUCCUCAGCUGUCCGGGCAUCAUACCGCUGGCGCUGACGCUCACCUGGUCCGGGCAGACACGGCUCGCCGCCAUCCUGUCGCCAAUCCUGGGUUUUCUCACGGGUCUCGCCAUAUGGCUUGGCACGGCGAAGGCGCUAUACGGCACCAUCACUCUAGCGACAACCGGGGAAGGGCUGCCGGCGCUAUACGGCGCCUGCGGAUCCUUCUUCUCGCCAGCUAUCUAUUCGGUGCUGAUUUCGCUGUACAAGCCUUACAAGUUCGACUGGCGCGAGUUCCUGCGCAUCGAGCUCGCGGACGAGUACCAGAUAAAUCCCGCGGCCUCGUCUUCGGAGGAGUCGUCGCUCAGAGACGAGAAGCGGGAUCCCAGCCACGUUAACAAUGCCCCCGCUCCCCCUGACGACGUUCACCUCUCCAUCGACGAACAGCCAUCCUCGCCCGCUUCAGAUCCCAACACCUCCAUUUCCGUCUCCGCCGACGAAAAGAACGCCGCGCCCAAGGCUUCCAAGCCCAAGCCCACAGCCAUCUCCAUCGACGACAUCCAGCACCCCUUCAGCGAAGCGACGCUGCAGGAGCUGCGGCGGUGGUACAAGAUCGCGUGGUGGUUCUUCGUCUUCGUCGUGCUGAUAACGUUCGUCGCGUGGCCGAUGCCGCUGUACCGCGACUACAUAUUCACGAAGGCGUUUUUCAGCGGGUGGACGUCUGUCGCGAUCGCGUGGCAGUUCUUCUCCUUCGCGGCGGUCUCUGUGUACCCAUUGUACGAUGGGCGCAAGGAGAUUGCUAUAGGGUUUAGGGGCGUGUGGAAGGCUGUGAGGGAGCGGACGAGGUCGGCGAAGAAGUAGAUUGGGAUUGGUUAGAUGGGUACGUAGGUUGGGGGAAGAUGGGGAGAAGAGUGGAAAAGGAGGGGGGGGAUACGGAAUACGCUAUAUAAACAUAUAGGGGUAUCACCAUCCAUGCACCCCGCUAGAUCACCCAAUUCAUCACUUAGAUACCUAAAGACAUACCCGAGUUAUAGUUAGUUCAUACCCUCUUACAUUGGAUUAGAAUGAUUAGAAUGCAAUCGUUAGGUAGCACCUACAUAAUACUACUCCUGGCAACUUCACAUCUCGUAAUUGG